GAGAGGAAUAUUGUCAAUUCGAGUUUAGUUCCGUUCGGAUAAGCAUCAGCCCGCUCUGAUCAGCUGCUGAAUAACAGUAUUUUUGUCGCGAGUCGAGUCCGAGUGUUGCGAGUGUAAAGAAGAUGAAGCUGUUAAUUUGUGUACUUGGCUUGUGCGCCCUGGCCGCCGCUCAGGAUAACUUCAAGGAGUGCCUGGACAAGGAUUCGAUCUCCUGCGUGCAGAUGAUGUUCUACCGCAAGGCCCGCGAGUUCUUCGACCAGCCCCAGAUCAGCCUCGCCGGAGGACUAUCCUUCGUGAAGCCAGCCGGCCGUGAGUCCCGUUCGUUCAACGCCGACAGUGCCAUCAUCGAGUCCGCCAACAACGUCGAAAGCCGCGAGGAAGCCCUGGAGAACUACGUCAUGGAGCGCACGAAGAACUUCUUCCAGGAGCGCUCGCUCAACCUGGACAUGGCCAGCGCCGCCCGCAGCGUGUCCUCCGUCCUGCCCGAGGACGUCAAGUCGUCGAUGCGCGCCCUCGUCUCGGAAGCCCGCGGCAAGAAGAAGCUGCUGAAGCAGCUGCUGCCCAUCCUCGGACUGGUCAAACUGAAGAUCGUCGGUCUGGCCAUCUUGGCUCUGUUCGGUAUCGCCCUGAUCGCCAAGAAGGCUUUGAUCGUGUCCGUGAUCGCUCUGGUCCUGUCGAAAUUCCUGUUCCUGAAGAAACUGCUGUCCGGCAAGAAGGAUGACUCCCACGCCUACCACGGAUCGUCCGGUGGAUGGGCCGAAUCCAGCGGCUACGGUGACUACGGUGCCCACAGCCAGCCCGCCCACUCGAUCGCCUAUGCCGGACACAAGCCCGUCCGAAAGUAAGCGGCCGGAAUCGAGAGAAGUGAGGCGCCAUAUUGGAGGUUAAGGCCUCCGCUAGCACUUACACCAACCGAGAGAAAUCCCACUCACCACACCCCGCCCUGCGGACGGCUACGCUAAACCAUGGUGAUGCGUAAGCCACGAGGAGAAAGAGAACGAGACAAAUUAAUUUAUUGAAAUUAUUUAUUACCACACACGCGUUUUUUGUUCGAGCGAUUAAUUUAUUUGUUAGCGUUAACGAGAUUCAUGUCUUGAUGUUGUUGAGAUUUUUUGUUUUCUUGUUUAGGAUCUUUUUCUCUUGUCUUUCAACGCCUUUGAACAUACUCAUCUUCAUCUGCAUUUGUUUCGAAACUACAUUCCUAACGGCGCAGUUCCUCGUUUUCAGAGGGACUCGCCAACACUCUGUAAAUCUUUGUCUAUUUUACACAUUCUAGUCUGUAUUUCAACUCUCAAGCUAAGCUGAUUGAGGUAAUUUGAUCAGUGCUAGAGAAAUCUGAAAAUAGAAUAAUAUUACUACCUUACCUGCGAACGAAGCUCUUCUGUCCAAGCAAACUGCUACAUUUCACAAUCUAUUUUCUUCUUCCCACGGUCCCGCUCAGUGGCCAACCAAGCCUUGCUUCCGGAUAAAGAAACCCGUGGUGAAAUGGUGCACAAAGUAUCUCUCUCGAACACUAUGCUUCAUCUACCGUCUAGUGCUUCAAAUCUUCCGUCUGAAUCUAGAUCUUGACACUCUUCUACCGUGUCCGAUAUCCAGAGCGCUCUUUCAACAACUUUUUAUCUCCAAAACGAACGGUGUGCUCUUUACCCCGUUUCGUCCCCCUUUUUCCCGCAAUGGUCGUCGACCAGCCGUCGAGAGCUCUUAAUUUUGCGCCACCACCAAUCACCAGAAAACGGGAAGUCACUCGGCUCCGCUGCUUUCUACGCGCUUUAUCGCGUCCGGAACUCACCGGGAUCCAAUCGGACAAGCUGCCUGAUUGGCACGCGGCCACACCGGAGAAAGCCAAAAGCGAGGACCACUUAAUGCCACUUCUGUAAAACUGAGAAAAAAAAUGGGUACUGUUAUUAACUCUGAUUCCAUUCCACUGUAAUGGUAGUUAUCUUUUUCCCGGGCAUCUCUCUCGCUCCGAUGCCGUCUUAUUUUCAUACUUCCCAUCUGCUGCUUCACCUUCCGAAAAAAAGACUCCGACUUACCUCAGCUGCUAAUCUAUGAACAAACACACACUCGCUAUCUAUACCUAUCUCCCGAUCUGUACCUACCUUCUACCCGACGAUAUUGGUUGUUUCAAUUUUCACACUUUUUCAACUCCACUCGAGAAAAAGAAAGGAAGAAAAUAAGCGAAGAAGAAAUACUUGUGAAAACCACUUGUAAAUAAAAUAGUUGAAAAAAAAAAACAUGGACAACAAUUUGCAAACAUAA